UGCAUUUAGAGGUAAUUGAACUGGAAGGAAGGAGACUGGCCAGGGAAUAGGGGGAAAGCAAUUCUCCUGUUGCUCCUCCUCCUAUCACUUACCUCCUGACUCUCUUCCAAACCAAGCUCAGCUGCAUCAAAGUGGCGGCAGAAUAUCCUGCCGAAGUGCCAGCGUCUGCUUAGCUGCCCUGUGCAUCCCAGGCUGCCUUGUUAUCUGGCCAUUGUCCCUGGCCAUUGGGACUGCUUCUGAUGGCUGUGGCCUCCGCUGCCCCAGGGAGCAUCUUCUGUAAGCAGCUCCUUUUCUCUCUCCUGGUUUUAAUAUUACUUUGCGAUGCUUGUCAGAAAAUUUCUCUUCGAGUUCCUUCUCAUCUUCAGGCUGAAACACUUGUAGGCAAAGUGAAUCUGGAGGAGUGUCUCAAGUCAGCCAGCCUAAUCCUGUCCAGUGACCCUACCUUCAGAAUUCUAGAAGAUGGCUCCAUUUACACAACACAUGACCUCAUUUUGUCUUCUGAAAGGAAAAGUUUUUCCAUUUUCCUUUCAGACCGUCAGAGACAGGAACAAAAAACAAUAGAAGUUGUACUGUCAGCAAGAGAAAACAAGGCUCCUAAGAAGAGACAUGCCAAAGACACAGCCCUCAAGCGCAGCAAGAGACGAUGGGGUCCUAUUCCAUGUUCAUUGAUGGAGAACUCAUUGGGUCCAUUUCCACAACACAUUCAGCAGAUCCAAUCUGACACUGCACAGAAUUACACCAUCUUUUAUUCCAUAAGUGGACCAGGCGUGGACAAAGAACCCUACAACUUGUUUUACAUAGAGAGAGACACUGGGGAUAUCUUUUGUACAAGAAGCAUUGACCGUGAGCAAUAUCAACAGUUUGCGCUAUAUGGCUAUGCAACAACCGCAGAUGGCUAUGCCCCAGAAUAUCCACUCCCCUUGAUCAUCAAAAUUGAAGAUGAUAAUGAUAAUGCCCCAUAUUUUGAAAACAAACUGACUGUCUUUACUGUACCUGAAAAUUGCCGAACUGGAACUUCAGUGGGACAAGUGACUGCCAUAGACCUUGACGAACCUGACACUCUCCAUACUCGUCUGAAAUAUAAAAUCUUACAACAAAUCCCAGAUCAUCCAAAGCAUUUCUCCGUACAUCCAGACACCGGUGUCAUCACCACAACUACACCUUUACUGGAUAGAGAAAAAUGUGAUAUUUACCAGUUAAUAAUGGAAGUGCGAGACAUGGGUGGUCAACCUUUCGGUUUAUUUAAUACAGGAACAAUUACUAUUUCACUUGAGGAUGAGAAUGACAAUUCACCAUUUUUCACAGAAACUUCUUAUGUUACAGAAGUAGAAGAAAACAGAAUUGACGUCGAGAUUUUGCGAAUGAAGGUCCAGGAUCAGGAUUUGCCAAACACUGCUCACUCAAGAGCUGUAUACACAAUCCUACAAGGAAAUGAAAACGGAAACUUCAAAAUUAGCACAGAUCCAAAUACAAAUGAAGGAGUGUUGUGUGUUGUCAAGCCAUUGAACUAUGAGGUCAAUCGGCAAGUCAUUUUGCAAGUUGGUGUAGUUAAUGAAGCACAAUUCUCUAAAGCAGCAAACUCACAAACUCCUACAAUGUGCACUACAACUGUAACUGUCAAAAUUAAAGACCGCGAUGAGGGCCCGGAAUGCCACCCUCCAGUGAAAGUUAUCCAGAGUGAAGAUGGCUUCCCAGCUGGCCAAGAACUCCUUGGAUACAAAGCAUUAGACCCAGAAACACGCAGCGGUGAAGGCUUAAGGUACAAGAAGUUAGGGGAUGAAGAUAACUGGUUUGAAAUUAAUGAAGAAACUGGCGACUUGAGAACUGUAAAAGUACUAGAUAGAGAAUCCAAAUUCGUAAAAAACAACCAAUACAAUAUUUCAGUUGUUGCAAUGGAUGCAGUUGGCAGAUCUUGCACUGGAACAUUAGUAGUUUCUUUGACUGAUAAAAAUGAUCAUCCGCCACAAAUUAAUAAAGAAGUGACCAUUUGUCAGAAUAAUGAGGAUUUUGCUGUUCUGGCACCUGUAGAUCCAGAUGGGCCUGAAAAUGGGCCACCUUUUCAAUUCCUUCUGGAUAAUUCUGCCAGCAAAAUCUGGGUUCUAGAAGAAAAGGAUGGUAAAACUGCCAUUCUUCGUCAACGACAAAAUCUAGAUUAUAACAAUUAUUUUGUGCCUAUCAAGAUAAAAGACAGACAUGGUUUAGUUGCAACACAUGUGUUAUCAGUGAGAGUAUGUGACUGUUCAGUUUCAUCUGAGUGUAACCUGCCUGCUAAAAAUCUAAGAGACGUUAGACCAAAUGUAAUACUUGGAAGAUGGGCUAUCCUUGCUAUGGUGUUGGGUUCUGUAUUGUUAUUAUGUGUUCUGUUUACAUGUUUCUGUGUCACUGCUAAGAGAACAGUCAAGAAAUGUUUUCCAGAAGACAUAGCUCAGCAAAAUUUAAUUGUAUCAAAUACUGAAGGACCUGGAGAAGAAGUAACGGAAGCAAAUAUUAGACUCCCCAUACAGACCUCCAACAUUUGUGACACAAGCAUGUCUGCUGGUACUGUUGGUGGCCAGGGAAUCAAAACACAGCAAAGUUUUGAGAUGGUCAAAGGAGGUUACACUUUGGACUCCAACAAAGGAGGAGGACAUCAGACUUUGGAGUCCAUCAAGGGAGUGGGGCAGGGAGAUACCGGCAGAUACACGUACACAGACUGGCAGAGUUUCACCCAACCUCGACUUGGUGAAAAGGUGUAUUUGUGUGGACAAGAUGAGGAGCAUAAACAUUGUGAAGACUACGUUCGUUCGUAUAACUAUGAAGGCAAAGGUUCCCUGGCCGGCUCAGUAGGCUGCUGCAGCGAUCGUCAGGAAGAAGAGGGACUAGAGUUUCUAGAUCACCUGGAACCCAAAUUUAGGACAUUAGCAAAGACAUGUGUCAAGAAAUAAAUGUGCCUUUUAGUAGCAUAACAUCCAUAGCUGAAUAAGUAGGCGUUUAUUGCAUGCGGAAUGAUAGCAGCAUCUGCUAAUGUUUUUGUUUAUGGAGGUAAACUUCAUCGUGUAUAGGUAAGGGUACUAUAAAUAUGAGACUUCCCUAAAUUCUCCUUGUCUGGUAUAACGUCUAUGUUCUCUAACAAUCAAGGUUGUGUUUGCUAAUUUUCUUUUAUAUGCAUGUGUAUAUUGCCCCUUUCAAGACUGUGCUGUACACUUUCUUGCACCUUGUAUUUGAAAACUGAUGUUACUUUUUGUGCUAUGGAAGAGCAUUUGGGAGAGCUACAGAGAUCAGUGAAAGAUGAAUUUACAUUGUAGAAGUAUGAAUUAAAUAUUUUCUUCAAAAUCUUGGGAAGAAUUAUGUUCUUAGAAAAUAUUUCCUUUGGUGUCAGAUCAUUGUAUUCCCUCUACCUGCGUAGUUUGAAAAGGACUUUUAAGUAUUCUUAGUGUGGUCAUCAGUUUGGUGAAUAAGCUCAUUUCUCUUUUACCCUAUUGUACUCCUCAGAGCAGUGUUCCCAGCAUUGUUUCCUUUCAGGAUCCUUCAGAGCUCAGUCCUUGGACCUCUGCCCAUGUGGAUUUGUUAUGAGGUUCCUACAACUUCUAGGAUUAUUGGAAAGAUAAAGACCAGAACAAGCUCACAGCAAACGUGAGGGGCAGAGACUUUACAAAGAUUACAUGAGAAGAUUUCCAUGAAAGAAUUGCAACCCUGAGGUUUAUGGGUUAGGCUCACAGAUAUAUUUUGUUUGCUCAAUAUGGUUUACUAGUAACAUUUAAAAGAUAUAAAUACUUUGGCAAAAGCAUUCACUCUUGAAUUUGAAAUAGGCCUGCCAUACCUGUGGCUGUCACCUGUCAUUUCCAAGCAUCUGGACAACUAGCCCUGAUGGCAUUAGGCUGCAACUCUCAUAUACAGAGAUUAGCACCUUGAAUAUGCCCAAAGUUGAAUUACCAUCUGUAUUAAAACUUAAGACUCAGUCUAAAUUUAUAGUUACUUUAAGAAAACAGACAGUCAGAAAUAGGGACUAGAAUGUAUAUGUUACAAAAUUGAAAUCUAUGACAGCAACACUUACCAAAGAUUUGUGGAAUGCUGAAUAAAUGAAUACACACAUUCAUAAAUCAUUUUAAAGGUAUAACAUUUUAAUAGGAUAGCAUAUUUUAUUAAUCUAAAAAGAAACUGUAUAUUUAAAUAGUAUUUUCAUAGUCAUUUGUGGCAAACUCUAUAAAUCUAUAAACAAUAAGAGUAUGGAAAUUUCUCAUCCAGAAAAAAAAAAAAAAAAACACCACAACAUCGAUUAACUAGUUAACUAUUUUUAAAAAUGAGUGGCUCUAAAAAAAAUAUUGUGACUAGUCUUCUUAUUCUCAGUUCCAAAUUAAAGGCACUUCUUGAUAUGAAAUUGAAUAUGGGAUCCAAAGAAAGAAGUAAUUUUAAUAAGUCAAAUUUUAUUUUAUAAGGUGUCCAUAAUAUGUAAUUUUUAUAGCCAUUAUAAAAUAUUUCUGUGGUCAUGCAAUUUUUGUUCUCUGAUGUACAGGUUGCUCUGAUAAUAAUAUCAAUUCCAAAAUUUUAAAAUAUAAAUUUGGACAUUUAUCCUAAGAAGUUACAUUCUUGAAUGUAGAUACAAAAUAUUCUUGGAGCAAUUAAAAAUCAUUAACUGAACCCUAACUUUAAUUGUACUUUUAUGUUCAGAUAUAAAUUUUCUUUUCUAUAACUAAGCAAGUAUAAAAGAAAUAUGAAGACAAACAUAUAUAAGUUAAAUUUCAUCUAAUGAUUUGUAAUUGCUCCAAGAACAAUUUGUACCUACAUUCAAAAAUGUAGCAAUUCAUGUCCAGAAGUAGAUACCUCAGUCAGCAAGAGAAGAUACUCUAAAAACAUUAGAAAAAAAUAUUAGAAAGUUUGCAAAAUAAAUAUGUAUUAAACAGUUUUGGCUAUGUAAAAUAUUUUCAGAAUAUCAUUGAAAUUUAUCUCAGAGAAACUUUGACUGUCUUUUGGUUUCUUAGGCAAUUCUAAUCAUUCUCUGUUUACCCCAAAAUUAAAUGUUAAUUGUAUGAUUGAUAAAAUGUGUGAAACCCUAUAAGAGUGCUUACAAAUUUUAUUUGUUAAUAAAAAAUUUAUUUCAUGGAUUUAUUUUAUAUAACUUAAUUGUCAGUUAAUUGUCAAUAAGUUAAUAGCUAUGAAUGGUUUUCCUAGAAUUAAAUUGGUAUUGAGGAAGAUAUACAGUUAAAUUUUUCUUAUCUUGUUUCAGAUCUCAAAUAUUUCAUGUGAAAAAGUCUCAUGAGAACACCCAAGAUAGGUGAAAAUCAAUGUAAUUUCAUAAGUGAGCUUCAUUAGGCAUUUGCUAAUCUUACUGAACUUCUUCUUCCUCCUGCAUUUAUUAAAAGUAUUUCAUAAAACUUGACAUCUGUGCAUACGUUUACUGUCAGUAAAUGUCACAUGCUCUUAUUAAGAGAAUGCUCAAAAUAGAUGUUUUAGAGCCAAAUAUUUUUAUUAUUGCAAAAAAGCUAACUCCCUUUUUAUUGUAUGCUAGUUAUGAAAGUUCUGUACAAGUUGAAAAACCUAAAUGAAAUAGAGUAAUGAAACAGUAUAUAUUGCUGCAUUUUCCUAUUCUCUUUUAUUUGCUUUUCUAAUAAAUCCGAAGGAGUGUUGCAUUUGA